AUGAACAUGAAGAGGAGCCAAAUCUCUGACAACCUCGAAAAGGGGAGCGCCGGUACCGGCCAACGACACAAAAGCUCUGAUGGUUCUCUUCAUCGUUCCAAGCGCAUAAAGGCUCGACGCCACGAAGCAACGAUCGACAAGGCUAGCAGAGAUGAACAUGAACCGCAAGAUGAUACUUCGUGGUCCGACGUUCUUGAGGCAGCUCUGAUAUGCAAGCUUGAGCCUGACACCGAUGGGGACUGCGCUGGCAAUGCCUCCCCUGACGAGGACAUUGCCGUCGAGGGAGAUGUCGUCGUCGACGACUCCUCUGACAAAGAUUGCGAUGAGGACAUACAGGAGCAGGAAGGCACGCAAGCCGAAGAGCUGGACGUGCAAGCGGAAUGUGCCUCAGCGGCUUCCGAGCGUGCUCUCAAAUCAUGCGAUGACAUCUUGAGUGCGUUGGAGCGGCUGCCGGAGGACAUCAUCGGCCUUGUAGCGCGGAAGGACGCUGCGCGCCGCCUGGCCACCAAGAAUGAGGAGCGACAGACGACUUUCAUCGUGCGGGGACCCGCUGGUAGCGGCAAAUCCACGCUGAUCAACACGAUCCUCGGUGAGGAGAUCAUGCCGACAUCGAGCAACGAGGCCUGCACCACCGUGCCCACCAAGAUACUGUACAGCUCCGCGCCUGACGAGUACCGCGCCGAGAUCCAAUUCGUCGCCAAGGACGAGUGGACGGCUGAGCUGCAGGCGUAUUGCACAGCGCGGCGCCAGGAGUCCGACACGUUGCCCAGCAACGGCUCCGCUCCAGCUUCCGCCAUUUCGACGCAGCUGAGGGAUAAGAGCCUCGAACCGUGGGACGCCACGGAAGCACGCUUCUCUCUGGACGCCACUAUUGCCAAGCUCAGCGCCCUGUUUCCCCGUGAGACUUGGGACGACUUCUCCGACCGGCGCUCAUGGACAGCCGCAAAAAUCCUCGCCCUCAAUCCCGCUUUCAAAAAGCCGUUGGGAGUGACCAGGCACGAAACGGCUGCCUGUGCUGGCGAUCUCAGGGAACUGCUGAGCCGCUACGAUGAUCCUCGACGCUGCCGCAUCUGGCCGCUUAUCACCGAGAUCCGAGUCUAUCUUCCCUCGAGCGUCCUCAGGCAUGGCGCUGCUUUGGUCGAUCUGCCAGGCACUGGCGACUGCAAUGCCGCGUGUAACGAAGCCGCUGCUCGAUAUAUACGCGACUACGACUUUAUGUGGGUGUGCCUGGACAUCUGCCGCGCCAAGUCGAACAAGGAGAUGGAAGCAGUCUUUGCCGACCUCAGCGACGAGCAGCUGCAGAGCGGAAGAGGAAGGAUCUCGUUUGUCCUGACCAAAUGCGAACAAGGCUGCAAGAUCCUCGACAAGGGCAGCAUCAGGCCGAUACACCAAGACGUACCAUCCCUGCUCAACGACCCGGUCUUCAACAAGAAGCAUCGAGAGUACCAGGCAGUUGUCGAAGCGACGAGGCAGAUGCAAAAGCGCGUAGGAGGAUCCGGCCGCGCCCCUCGAAAAGCGACGAAGUCUGCGAUUCUCGAGCUCGAGGCCCUCAGCAACACCAAGAGAGAUUGCCGACGUCAGCUGGCCCGUUUGUACUGCAGGGCUCGCUCAAAGGCAGUCGCAACCGCACUCAUGAAGCGAUACCAUGACUUGACCCACAGACUCGUCCACCAGUCCAACACGACGCAUCAGUCUGCACGACUGAUCUUUACUACAGCGACGGAAGACUUCGAGGCUCUUGGUCUGGGAUACGACACCGUAGCCUCCGAGACCGAAGAUGACACGGAGAUUCCUCAUCUUCAGCAGCUGAUAGAGCGGGCGUGA